CGUGUGAUUAUUGCUAAUCCCUCCUUAAAUAACCCUGAGCGGUCAGCUAAUGUUGUGCAGGACGAGGACAAUACUUCUGAACAGAGAGAGUGUAUUUCAUGUCAGCUGGAGUCCAGGAUGAAUUUCGCAGCGCAGUUUUUUGCUAACUUUGUGAAGGACGGCCUGCAGGCGCAGGAGAUGCGGAGGAGCUUUAGUGACAGCGAGGAAUACGAUCCCUUCUGGCAGAGUGCGGAGCAGCGCAGAGGAUCCUCCAAACCCGACUGCUCCUUCCACAGCGGCCCCUGCGCUAAAGACGGCCAGAUCGGGAACGGUCGCCUGGGCCGCCGCUCCACGCUCAUCUGCCCAGAACGCCUGAAGGACUUCGGGGCCGAGGAGUACCUCAAUGGAGACGUGAAGGUCUUCGAGACCAGCGUUUCCGAAGCGCCGGAGGUCCAGUUACUGUCCACACCCAAACCAGCCGUGAAGAAGAGCGGAGAGAGCAAGACAUCAGCCAAAGCUCCUCCUGAACAUCUGCGCUUCGAGGACAUCAGCGCCGCCGCCUUCAAACUCCAGCAGGCCGGGAUUCAGAAAACACCCUGCACGUAUUCCAGACUGUCCAAACUGUACGGCAUGGAGAUCUUCCUGAAGAAAGAGCAUCUGCAUUACACGGGUUCAGUGAAGGAGAGAGGAGCGCUGUACCUGCUGUCCUCUCUCAAACAGGAUCAGCAGAGGAAGGGUGUGAUCGUGGCCACAGACUGUAACUUCUCGAUGGCGGUGGCGUAUCACGCGGUGGAGCUGCGGAUCCCGGUGUUCGUCAUCAUGCCGGCGUGCAGCUCUCCUCCGCGCCUGCGCAUGUACAGAGACUACGGCGCUAUGGUUAUUUCCUAUGGUAGCACGGCCCGAGACUCCAUCAACCACGCCAGACACCUGGCCCGAGAGAACGGAUACCUGUGUCUGGAGGAUGACAUCUACAGUUCAGAUGAGGAGAAGAGGCCUGAGUCUGCAUACUGUACUGUACACUACCGCUCAACAGUUUGGAAGAAUUCAGAUUUGUUCGUGUUUGUGAAAGAAGUCUCUUCUGUUCACCGAGGCUGCAUUUAUUUGAUCAAAAAUCCACUGCAGAUCUACGAGCAGGUGCCCAAGCUGGACGCGGUCAUCGUGCCUGCGGGUGGACACUGUGGGCUCCUGACCGGAACCGCAGCUGCCAUCAAACACCUGAACCCUCGCAUCUCUGUCAUAGGCGUCGAACCGGAGGACUUUCCUCUUCUACUGCAGUCACUCAAAACAGACUCUCCCAUUAAAGACCUCUACUGCAACCCCAACAAGAAACUCUACAGAGAUCUGGUGGAUCACUCUCUGGGAACACACUGCUUCCAGCUGGCCAAGAAAACGGUGGACAAAGUCAUCUCUGUCAGGGAGGCGGAUGCUCUGGUGGCCAUGCUGCGCUUUCAGGAGUACGAGCGCUCGACCGUGGACACAGAAGGAGCCGUGGGCUUGGCUGCAAUCUUAGCUGGUCACCUGCCAGAGCUUAAAGGGAAAAGGGUGGCAGUGGUGGUGAGCAGUGCAAACAUGGAGCUGGACCUGGUUCUGCAGUGUGUGGAGCGAGCUCUGGUUCUGGACGACAGAGUCAGUCGCUUCACGGUGCAGCUGGCCGACUGGCCCGGAGACAUGGCCAAACUCCUGGAUCUGCUGGCCAGAGAGGACGUCAGACUGCUGGAUUUUUUUCGUACUGUCCUGAUUCUGCAAACUCAACCGAUGUCUAACUGUUAUUCUAUGAACCAGAAACAAGACACAGCCUUUGAAGAUGAGUACCCAGAGUCUGAGAGACCCGGAGAGUUUUCCUGA